AUGUGUGUGUUUAGCAUAUGAAUGAGGCCUGGUGCAGAAGCCCUCUGAGCUUUCUAGUACCUGAGCUCACCUCCACUCUGCGUAUUUAAGGGUUUCUCUCGAGGCCUCGCCGAGCUGACAUGAACAUCUUUACUAAGGUCCCAGGAUUAGCCCAACAAACCAGCAAGCUGGGGUCUGUGCUCCAACGCGCCUUCUACGGGUCCAGUGGGAGGGUGACCCUGUUCGAGCAGAGGAACUUCGCAGGCCGGAGACUGGACCUGAGUUCCGACUGUGCCCGACUCAGUGACAAGAACUUCCCAGAGCGAUGCAACUCUGUGCAGGUGGAGAGCGGAGCGUGGAUCGGUUAUGAGCAUGAGAACUUCCGGGGCCGUCAGUACCUGUGGGACAUGUCUGACCGAGGAGAGUACAACUGCUACGACAAGUGGUGCGCUCAGGUGGACCACGUGUCCUCGGUGCGCUCCGUCAAACAGGUGAAGACACGAAACGGAUCAAAUCAGAUAAAUACACAAGACACCAACCCAGCCAAAGCUCAGCUGUUUGAGCGAGCCGGUUACUCCGGUAAGAAGAUGGAGAUCCAGGACGACAUCCCCAACCUGAUGAGCCGCUACAGCCUCAACAGGGUCGCCUCCAUCCGGGUCCUCGGGGGAGCGUGGGUGGUGUAUCAGGAGCCAAACUACAGAGGACCUCACUACAUUCUGGAGAAACGUGAUUACAACAACUUCUCUGACUGGGGCAGCCAGAACAACACGGUGGGCUCCAUGCGCCGCGUCCGCUUCAACUGAGCAUCAGUUCCAUCGCUGCCACCAACAUCUUCAUCAGCAUCACCAGCAUCAUCAUCAUCAUCAUCAUGAUGAUGCUGUGAACACGACUUCCACACAUCAUGACCCCUGUCAGCU